AUGGCGGGCGACAAACUACUGACGGCGCAGGAUGUAUUUGAGCUUCCAACAUCAGCAGAGACCGUCGUGUUUUACGUUUCGUUGGGCGUGGCUUUAACAUCGCUAUUCCCCCUUGGCUAUGCAGUUUGGUUCCGAAGCUUCCCGCCUAUAAAAGCACAGCAUGUGGGUAUCACGGUUACAAUUGGCAUUGGCGGAAUCAUUUUUAUUAUUUCGUACAACCUGAUGGAAGGCAUGGCCAUGUACAACGGUGCCCUCGGAUACUGCACACUUUGGGGUGCCUGGGCGGUGUUUACAUUUGGCCUAGCCAUCUUUAUCUCUGCCAUCUUUAUGCGCUUGGUGUUAUUAUACCGUGUGUUUAUCUCUGGCACUAUAAUCGCACACACAAAUAGCCAGGUUUAUGACUUUUCCCGCAAAUUCUGGCCGUUCUUUGCGAUGUGGUUGCCAUCGCUUGUAUCCAGCAUUGUUGUUUCGUCAAUCAAGGGCCCACGGGGUGCAUGGCUUCUCGAGGAUCAUGGCUUGCGUGCGUGCACAUUCAGCGAUGGGUAUUUAAUGUGGAUCUAUGUAUAUUUCAUUGUUAUGAUUCUAAUUUCUUGGGUGCUGUACUUCCGUACGCGCAAGGUUGCCCAGGCGUUCAACAGCUUCCACAUGGCAAUUUGGACUCUAAUUGUUUUUACAGUCAUUCUCAUUGUCAGCAUGGUCAUCAACCUCAUUAAGGGUUCAAACUCUCCCUGGGGUCGGAUUACCAUCGCCUUGACAAACAUGGUCAUGAUCAAUGGCUACAUCUGGCUGAUUUUCGGCUCGCCAGUUAUUGGCCACUUGUUCUGGCGUGAGCAAACAAUGCGCAAUUUUAUGAACACACUUCACAAGGACAGCUUGGUAGCUCAGCAGGCAUACAACACGGAAACUCGGACAAACGUCAACAACAAGUCUGGAAAAGUAAUUCAGCCAGACUCUAUUUACUGCCCCAGCGUGGCAUACAGCGAGGAUAUGCGCCAGCAAGACGGAACAACAAACACGUCCCAGUUUGAAUACCAAAACCUCGCGGCUUCUUAUUCGGCAGCUGCAAGGCACAUGCUUUAA